CUGUAGGGUAGGGUAGGGUGCGGCUUCCAGCUGUCAAACUUGUAAACAAAUAUUGAAUUAAACAUGAUGUAUAUUAUUAAUUAUAAUUUAAAUAAACACUAAUUAUCUCCAAAACAACUAAAAUAGCUUAGCAAUGAAAAACAGCUAAUAUACUUGAAUAAUACUUCUCUACUCAGUUAUUAAGAUUUCGCAGCCAUGAAGGACUCCUACAUCGUAAAAAUCGCCGUGGAAAUGGUGGACCAAGUCCCCCAACUUAUUGAAUUCAACCAAAAACAACCAUUGGUUGCGAUUAUCCAGGAAUUGUGCAAUGGAUGGAAUCUUACAGAGCCCGAACAAUACGCUCUACAGUUCAAUGAAAGUACCAACAAGAAUUACAUUACCGACAGGAAUAGAAAUGAAAUUAAAAAUGGCUCAGUACUGAAGAUGAAUUUCUCCCCUUUAAAGACAGCUCAAGAUAUUCUGCACAAAUUGAACAAUGGCACUCCUGAAGAAAAAGCCGCAGCUAUGAGUAAAUUGUCAAUAUUAAGUGCUGAUAUGACUUUUGCAUUGGAAUUUAUCAAUAAACAUGGCCUAACAUUAAUUACGAAGCCCAUCGAAAAAGGGACUUGCAAGGGUUCAGUACUGGCAGACACCUUAACAUCUUUUGUUGAACUUAUGGAAUGUGGUAUUGUUUCCUGGGAUGUUCCAACAGUUGAGUUUAUAAACCGAGUGGCAAAUUUAGUAAAUACUCCACAGGAGGCACAAGUAACUCAAGCUGCAUUAUCUAUUUUAGAAAAUGUUACUUUAAAUAGAACUGAAGGAUAUAGCCAGGUUGAAAAAGAAAUUCCUAUAGCCUCGCUAAUAAAUCAUCUCCAAGCCACUCCAGUGGUUCAGCAAAAUGCUGUUGCUCUUAUAAAUGCUUUGUUAUUAAAAGCUGAUGUAGCAAAAAGGCGCAGCUUAGUGCAGACAUUAACUUCCAAGCAAGUACGGACUGUUAUUCAACAUAAUAUACUGCAAACAGGUGCCUCAAGUGGAGCUGAAAUGGCACAUCAAUUAUACGUUUUACAGACAUUGAUGUUGGGACUUUUAGAGCAAAGGAUGCUUACAAAGAUGGAUCCACAAGAUCAGGAUGGUCAUGAUAAAAUUAAAGAACUUAGAAGAGUGGCAUUUGAUAGUGAAGGGGCAGGUAGUUUAAGAGGAGCUCAAGGUUUUACAAGAGACUAUAAAAAGUUAGGAUUUAAAAACGACAUUAAUCCUGUUUUGGAUUUUACUGAGACUCCUCCUGGUUUAUUAGCACUAGACUGUAUGGUAUAUUUUGCUAGAAACCAUACAGAAAGUUAUACUAAAUUAGUUCUGGAGAAUAGUUGCAGGGCUGAUGAGCAUGAGUGCCCAUUUGGAAGAGCCAGUGUGGAGUUAGUGAGAAUAUUGUGUGAACUGCUUAAAGUGGGAGAAACACCAUCUGAACAAUGUGCUACUUAUCAACCUCUCUUUUUUACACACGACCACCCAUUCGAAGAGUGUUACUGCAUUUGCAUCGUAUUAUUAAAUAAGACUUGGAAAGAAAUGAGGGCUACUGCAGAAGAUUUUGGAAAGGUUGCCAGUGUGGUAAGGGAGCAAAUAAGUAGAGCAUUGGAAAUUUCACCUGCCUCUUUAGAACAAUUAAAAACAAAACUGCAGUCUCUUACGUACUCCGAGAUUACCCAGUUAUGGCAAUUAGAAAGAAAUACUAGAGAAGAAUGGGAGAGCCACGCUAAACCAGUUGUAGAACUUAGGGAAAUAAUAACCCCAGAUAUAAUGGGAAUAAUAAAGCAGCAAAGACUGGGAUUUUUAGUUGAAGGUACAAGAUUCACUAAAUAUUCCUCUAGAGGACAGAGAAUAAAAGAUAAAUUUUGGUACAUGCGUCUUUCUCCGAAUCAUAAGGUUAUUCAUUACGGCGAUUGCGACGAGAAAUCCACUCCGUCCACAGAAGAGUUGCAGUCAAAAUUGCCGGUGAGCGCCAUUCAGGCGGUCCUGAUUGGUAAAGAGUGUCCGCAUAUGCGCAGGAAAGCCUCGCAUACUCAAUUGGCAUUUUCGUUGUCCCUUGAGCAGGACUCUGGCACAGAAAUACAAAGUUUAGACUGUGUAGCCCCGGACGAGUUAACAUUGGCCUACUGGACGGACGGCAUUAACGCCCUUAAAGGUCUACGCAUGUCCAGCAAAGAAACGGAAAAAGACCUGGACACUUUACUAAGUAUGGAAAUCAAGUUGAGGUUGUUAGAUGCGGAAGGCGUAGCGAUCCCUCAAGAUCCUCCACCGAUUCCACCCGAUCCGCCGCACUACCACUUCUGUUACGAUUUAAAAUAAUUGAUUUAUUUUUUCGAUCUGAUAUAAUGAUAAUGGUAGAGAGAUCUAUUAGACACACAUUAUUAUUUGAAUUUUUUCACUUUUUAUUACCCAAAAACCAAAAAUUAGUGCACUAAUUAGUUUUUUAUAUAGAUUUAGGUUUUAAAAAAACAUAUUAGGAUAGAUCUGAAAAUCUUCAUGGUCUUGACUUUAGAUCUGAAUAUAUGAAUACCUUAUAGGAAUUGAGAAUGAGGUAAGGUUCUAAUUACAGUUAGCUCGGUAUGAGGAACAUUUUAAAUAAUUUCUUUUACAGUCAUCUUUGUCUUUGGCACUUUUUUUAUUAGGAUUUUUAUUGAAACUAGUGUUAAUAGCAUACAGUAUAUUUUUUGUAUUUUUUUUACCUAUAUUAAUAUCACUUUUUUAGACGGUACGUUUAUAAAUUUAUUAUAUACACUUUA